AACAGUUUGUUGCUGUUACUGAAUAAAGCAAGACGUUUCUACGGAUUACGGGCGUUUUUAUUAAUACAAGUGCUAGUUUUUGUUACUGUUGUUGUUGCACGCCGGUGAAAGCUGUUAUGUGUAAAUAGAUGUUGUGUUUUUUUAAUUUACUGGUUAUCGUUGCCUUUGUCGGUCGGUUGGUCAACGUGAAAUAAGAACUUUUAAAACGAAUAUCGAUUUCAUUUCGCUUAAACUUGAUCUCAUUUACUGUUUGUGAACAUAUCAACACCAACUUCUCUAUUCUAAUAUCGCAGGGAUAGAGAUUAAUGUUGUCAGCAAAUGAAUAAUAAAAGCUAUGCAAAAGUAAUAAAGAACAACAGUGAUCAAAAAUGAACGAAUUCUUCAACACAAAAUUUGCAAUUAAUAAAGCACAGAGUAUAAAUAAAAGUUUUUUGAUAUUGCUCAUAUUUGCCAUUGCUCUGAAUGUACAGUACUGUGAUGGUCAUGGUCGACUAAUCGAACCACCAAGUCGUGCAUCAGCAUGGCGUUAUGGUUUCAACACACCACCUGACUACAAUGACCACGAAUUGUACUGUGGAGGUUUUACGCGUCAGUGGAAACGUAAUGAAGGUAAAUGCGGCGUGUGUGGAGAUGCAUGGGAUAUGCCAGAACCAAGACCUCACGAACACGGUGGCCAGUGGGGUCAAGGCGUUAUUGUGCGUCGCUAUGCCCCUGGGUCUGAAAUGACCAUACGUGUAGAGUUAACGGCAAGUCACAUGGGAUAUUUUGAGUUCCGUCUAUGCCCGGAGCCUAAAGCAAAUCAGGAAUGUCUAGAUCGUAAUCUGUUAACAGUUCUAGGAGGAUCUCCAUCACAGCCAUCGCCAAGUGAUUUAGAAACAAGGUUCUAUCCACGCAAUGGAAGUAGAAUUUAUGAAAUAAAAGCCGUGUUACCAGAAAUAACUUGUGAUCAAUGCGUUUUACAAUGGCGUUAUAUAGCAGGAAAUAACUGGGGUAUGUGUCCAGAUGGUAAUGGUGCUGUUGGCUGUGGACCUCAGGAAGAAUUUAGAUCGUGUGCUGAUAUUGCAUUAGGAGAGGGUAUUCCAAAGCGUCCCGUCAGACCACCAAUUCGACCAACCUUGCGUCCCAAAAUCACUACCAGCAGCACGGAACGCAGUCAACCAGAGGAGUCCACGGAACCAUUCAAUUAUGUCCCAUUGCUUGUCAUAUUUAUAUUGUUGUUCCUUGGAUUGAUUCUUUUGGCAAUAUGGUAUUUAUAUCGCAAAAACAAUCCGCUUAUCGCACGAUGCAAAGAAUAUCUGGAUAAACGUCUAUGUAAAAAGAAGCCUUUGCCAGGCACGGUAACGGUUAGUUCACAGAAAAGAUCGACAUUGUCAGCGUUUAGUUCAGUUCCUGCAUUGGGAAAUAAUUCUCUCAAAGCUGCUAAUGAUAAUAAAUCAAAUAGAGAUGAAGUACCAGUUCCACCGCCACGUUUAAAACGCAAUUCUCGCGUUAAAGAGAUGUCACCCGAUGAAUCAAGCGUCGCUUAAGCUUUAAAAUAAAAUGGAUCUUUUCAUUUCUUAAUAAUAUGAAAAUGUUUCCCGUUUUCCAAAUUGUUAGUUCACUUACUCGUAUUUAUGUACAUAUAUAAAUAAGUUGUGCUCACAACCGAUCGCCUGAAUACUCCAAAAAGAAAUUAUAAAAGAUGGAAUCGAUCAGUUAUGUCCGCACAUUUUCAUUAAAUUUUAUUAUUUAUUUAUAAUUUUUGGAUGAUGGAAAAACUGACAAAUGCGCCCGACUGCCCUUAACUUGUGUUCCAUAUAAACUUAAAAUAGUAUACAUACACAUAAAAGUUUAUAAAUUAGUUUAAGUUUAUUAAAAUCAUUAUGUAUUAUAAUUAAUUAAUGAGAAAUACAUGUCAAAUCCUUUAUCAAAGGAUGAGAUUGACAAAUUUUUAUAUAAUUUUGUGAUAAGUACAUACAUACAUAUAUCUAUAUAUGGAUAAUCAUAUUCUUUAAUAUAUUUUAACAACAAUCAUAAACAUUUAA